AAAUAUGUAGCAAACUACGAUACGAUAAUCAUCGAACAUCCCUACAACAAGUGAAAAGUCCGGGUUGUUGAUGAAAAAGAGAAUUCAAUAGAUUUUGGAUUCUGCCACAGAGUACAUUAUAUAUAGGGAAUGUUCUAGAUUAUUGAUUACUUUUUGGCAAUUUUGUGCAAGGCUUUACAAUUUUUUUUGUUUUGUCUGUGAUUGUUUUGUUCGUAUUGUCCUAAUUAACCGAUUGUGAAGACCUACACAAACAAUAAUAACUUGUAACUAUUGUAAACACUCUCUUGUCACUCCCAUGACUGACUUGACAUUGGCAGAAUUCUAAAAAGAGGGGCCAUAAAACUAAGAAAGAAGAAGAAGAAAGAGAAUUCAAUAAUCAAUUUUAAUUUUUAAUAAAGCUAUAGAAAACAGCAAUGGCCUUUAGUGAAGGUGAAGUUUGUAGAAUUUGUUUAAACGUUAAUGUACGCAUGGUUGUACUAAAGGAGACUGGCCUCCAAAAUUUGUAUAGGUCAUUGACGAACAGUUUUUUGGAUGAGAAUGAGGGGCCCAUAAUUGUUUGUUUCACCUGUCAUGCAAGACUCAUUCGUUGCAGAAGAUUACAACAACAGGCUAUUGAGUCAAAUGUGGUCCUGGAGCAGUUGCUUUCAGGAGGAUCCAUGGUAUUAUCCAUCCCAUCCAUUAAAAACUAUAAAAGUCCACUGCUGAACAUAGGUCUUACUCAUAGAUUGCUUCAUAGGAGGGAUUUUGCCAAAUUUGCCACGCUUGGCAAGUUGGCAACCGUAGUUUAUAUUAGUCUAAGUUGUUAUCAGGAAGAUGCGGCCACCCUACCUCUGUUUCUGUUUCCUUCUGUUGCCUCUUACGACACCCAUCCCGUAGAUAGGUAUAUAGGAUAGUGCAGGGGUCGGCAACCUGCGGCUCGCGAGCCACAUGCGGCUCUUUGGAUGUGAAGCUGCGGCUCUUUAGUUUCAUACGCAAAUAUUAUUUAUUUUAUAAAAAAAAAAUUAUAAAUCGAUCCAUACUGAGCCAUUUGGGGUUGAUACUGGAUCUCUAGAAAUGCAAUUGAUGGAUUUAAAAAGUAAAGCUUUGUGGAGUUGAAAAUUUACAGAUUUGAUAAGGAAGUUGAAAAAGUUGGAGGUCCAGAAAUGUAUGUACGUAACGCAACAAAAAUGAACAGCUUUAAAAGAAAGGCUGCGUGUUGAGUUAUAUUUGACGCGUGGAAUAGUCUUCCAGAUUGCUAUAGUGAGGUGAAGAAGUUGGCAUUUGGAGUGCUGACUAUCUUCGGAUCGACAUAUUGGGGGCUGUGGCAACCCUGGUAAUAAGUUGUAAAAGUAAUUGGUCCCGAUAAAUUUUAAUAAUUUAAAUAUUGUAAAUUCACCAUAUCCACCUCAAUUUUAUGUUAUAGCUAAUAAUUACUGCCGCUUUGUAUUUAAUAUUUAAGAAAGUUGGUACAUAAAUAUUAUAACAACAAUUUGGUGUUGGAACAAAAAGUGACAGGUAACGAACAUUGUUUUAAAAAUUAUUGUAAUCCUUAUUUCAUAUCAUUCCUUUUAUAAAUUAAAGAUUUAUUCUAUUACUCGGGUUAUUACAUUCUUUGCGGGUUUCUUUUCGAAUUGUUUUAACGAUAAUUUGAUUUGAGACUUGUAAAUAGAAAAAAAAACAACAACUUUACAUUAGCUUACUCUGCUCCUUCUGUUUUCGAUGUUUGUUUUCUUUUAUUAUUUAUAAUAAAUAGUAAAAUGAAUACUCGCAACGCCAAGACGCGCCAGAUGGAGAACCAACUCCAGCUUGCGCUCCAAGAACUUAAGGCGUCCAAGGAGCAGUGUGAACUGUUGCUUAAGGAAAGGGAUGAUAAUGAAAGGGAAAUAGUUAGCAUAAUUGCCAAAAAUACACAAUUGAAAUGUGAUAUGGUUAAGUUACAUACAGAAUACACAAGUGUUAUAAAAGAAAGAGAUCAGAUACAGGGAACGGUUAAUGAGUUUGACCAAUGCAGCAAGGAAUAUGAGGAAGCUCUCAGGUUAAUUGCUGCAUUGAAGUUACAGUUGAAUGAGGCUAAUGAGCAAAUAACACAAUUUAAAACAUAUAUAGAUAACCUUAAAGCCUCCCAGACUCAAAGCCUGUUCUCUGAGCUUGUGCAAUGUGAUACUUCAAGAAUGUUACAGCAAUCUGCAACAAUAGACUUGACUGGUGACGACUCUUCCACUUCAGGAAACACAGUAAGGAUUAAUUGCAGUAAAACCAAAUUGAAGAAGUAUAU